CUCACUGCCUCUGAAAGUGAUUAAUUACUUUCUCAACACGUCUCUGUAAACAAACCACAAUGCUGGCGCAGAUUGUUCUUCUACUUUGUUUGUCAGCCAUGGCAACAGCAGCUGAUGAUUGUCCUACAGUGCCCAACUGCAUUAAAUACCACCUGCCCCACUGCACCAAGGAAUAUAAGCCUGUGUGCGGUACAGAUGGAAAUACAUACGCAAAUGAGUGUAAUUUGUGUGUGAAAAUUUUUGAGGAAAAGGUCAACAUCAUAUUAAUCUCCAAAAAGGGUGAAUGCUGAGCCAGAUGCAUUCAUUUUAUUUGGGAUGACGUGAACAAUGU